AUGAUAAGCUUAGAUUUCUUGGGAAGUUGGAUCUAGCUGUUCUUCGGCUGUUUGGAUCUUCUGAACGUGAUUACUACGGUAGCACAGCGAUAGUUCAAGGAGCUUCAACGGUACCAUGUCUCUUCAAGCUCGAAGCUCGGUCCGGAACAUCUCCACUCGUUCUUCCGGUUCGGAACAUGACGAGCUGAACGAAGACCUCAAAAGCACUCUCAAUCCGGAUCUGGAAAAGACCGAUGGGAUCACCGCAGUCGGAUUGAACUUGGCUUACGAAAAAGGUCCCACUGCGGGAAAGAAUCGCAUCGUAGGGGAAGAGGGAGAAGAGGAGUUCGACCCGUAUGUAACAGCCGGAGGAGUGGACAGGCCUUGGAAGUACAAGGGUCCGGCUUUGGCGUGUAUCAUCUUCCUCACCCUCGGCAGCAACUUUGCCCAAUCAUCCCUCUCCCCGCUGAAGAGCACCAUCCGUAAACAAAUCCCUGGGGUCAACAACGCUCGGUACGGGACGAUCGCUUCGGCAGACGCUUUGAUCAACGGGGUCUUGCCCAUCUUGACGGGCAUCGUCAUCGAUUAUUACGGACCGAGCGGAGCGAGCUUGGUCGCUUCAACGUGCAUCUUGGUAGGAUGCGUCGUCAGGGCCAUCGGAGGGUCGACGGGGAGUUUUUCUACGAUCUUGGGAGGACAGAUCAUCUUUGGAUUGGGAUCGACGACGAUCGAGACGUGUCAGAGCAAGUUGUACACGCACUGGGGCAGAGGGACUGUCAAGGGCGGUCCCGGUAUCCUCGGGUUCAUCUACGGGCUCGAUAUCGCUAUGGGUCGGGUGUUCAACCUCGCCGGUCGACUGUCUUCCAUCCCGAUCGCAGAGGGAACGGGGAAAUGGUUCUGGACAUUCUGGGUCGGAGCGAUCCUCGCUGGCGUGACCUUGCUUCUGAACAUCGCCUAUGUCGUGUACGAGCGCACGUUGCCCGAGGAGCAGAGGGUCAUGACCGGUCGCAAGGUCGCCAUCAUGUUGCAAGAACGAGCAAGACGAGAAGGGAUGGACGGCAAAGACGCGAAGAGGGAUGUCAUGAGCCCGUUCAACAGUAUCUACUGGAAGACGGUCGUCGCAAGCCUGUUUGCUAUCCCCGCAGCGUUCUGGCUUGUCACGAUAUCUCAAUUGCUGCAAGCCGGAACUGUAGGCGCCUACAACUCGAACUUGGCCGAGGUUGUAGAAGUCACCCGCGGGACCACAAAGCUCACCGCCGGGUACACCUCCUCACUGUCUCAGGUCAUUCCUAUCGUUUUGACCCCGAUCAUAGGGCUCGGAUUCGAUCGAUUCGGCAGGCGGAUGCACGUCGUCACUUUCACAGCUUCGUUAUGGGUUCUUGUCUUUGCGCUGCUAGCAUACUCGAGCGUACAUCCCAUGGUUCCAGUCAUUUUCGGUUCGGUGGCGUUGGCGAGCAAUGCUAUUCCCUUUAUCGCUUCGAUCCCUCUUCUUGUCCCCUCUCAAGCAUGUAUCGGUACCGCGUUUGGAGUAUGGAAAGCCUUCAACUCAGCGGGGUCCACUAUCCUUGAUGUUGCUGCCGGAGCCAUCCAGGACAAGACUCCGACCGGUCCGAAUCAAUAUAACAACGUCUUUUACCUCUUGAUCGCGCUCAAGGCGGUAGAUGUGCUAUAUGGCUUAACCUACAACAUCCUGGACAAGCGCUACUUUGGUGGAGUCCUGAAAGCCAACGAAAAGACGCGCCUCGAACAGGAACAGCUCGAGUCGCCCGAACAACGACAAUCCGGUCUCCGGGCUGCUAAGCGAUCAUGGACCAUUUCCGGACUGGUCAUCGCGGCGGCGCUCAUUACGACUGCUUACGUUAUUUACAUCGUGUAUUCCAUCGGAACUUGAUGAGGAACUGGGUUUAGCUUCACGUGCCUGUCAGGUAUAGGCCAA